GUUCAAUCAACGAAGUGUUGGAAAAAUGAGGUGCGUUAAAACAAGUGCAAUUGUUUAUGUAUAUAGAAGAAAAAAUAAUGGUAAAUAGCUUUCAGUUGCAGACGUUGCUUUUAUGGAUAGUAGGCGGCCGUGCAUGCUUCGCGUUCACUGCGUAUCUAGACGGAAAAAAUUCACAAAGUGAUUAUUUGUAUGGGUACAAGCCUGAUGUUCAUUUGCAAGAGCCAAUUCUUCAAAAUGAAGGGUACUUUUAUCCAGAUAAUCUGCCGCAAAACAUGGUUGCCGGAUCCGGGGCCUUAAAACAUCAGACAGUCGUUGAACUGAAUCCGCUAAUAGCCGCAUUGCUCCUCGGCACAAGUUUGGCUCUUCCGCAGAAAUCCUUCGCCUCGAAUCAUCCAGGACUGCCGCCCGUAAAUCCUUACGUCGCUUUAAUUUUAUCCAACUACGGCAGAUACUUGCCGCUGCCGAAAACAACGCGCGGUAUAUAUGCCUACGCGGCAGCUAAUUCUUAUCACAAUUAUCAACCUGGAGGAACCUACAAAGUAACUGAAGAAAAAUAG